AAUACUUUACCACCAGGUCAGAACUUGGUUAAGAAGGGGCAUCUGCAAACAGUCAGAUCCUUUAACUACCAGAACUCGGAUGAAUGAAUAUCUUCUUUGACGCUCAUCUCAACUCGUAAAGAACAUGGAUGCCAUGAAGGAAGAGGACAUCUAUGACUUUCUACCAGAGCAUUUGUCUGCAGACAUGAAGGAGGAGGACAUCUAUGACUUUCUACCAGAGCAUUUGUCUGCAGACAUGAAGGGUAGUGGUACUUGGACACCAACGUGCAAAGAAGAACCGUGUUUGUCGCAUGAAAUUAAAGGAGAGAAGUUUCAAGUCAUGGAAUGUAAUGGUCAUGAGACCACUUCUGAAAUUCAACCAUCAGCUCCAUCACAACAGGCAUUAUCUCUGAAGGCGAUUAAAGAGGAGGACAUUUAUGAUUUCCCUCCAGAGCAUUUGUACAGAACUAAGGAGGAAGAGAAUGAAACAGACACAUUGGACAUGAAAGAAGAAGCCCUGGACAUGAAAAAGGAACCAGAGUCUUCUCGAAUGGAACACAAUGCACACAUGACUCCAUCAGGUGAACUCCAGGCAGCUCAUAAUAACACAGACCAACAUCAGUGUGCCACAUGUGGGAAAGGAUUUGCAUUGAAGGCAUAUCUCAAAAAACACCAGAGAAUUCAUACUGGGGAAAGGCCUUACCAGUGUGCUACAUGUGGACAAGAAUUUGCUAAGAAAAGCAACCACUUAGCUGCUCACCAGAGAAUUCAUACUGGGGAAAGGCCUUACCGGUGUGCCACAUGUGGUAAAGGCUUUACACAUAAAGUUAACCUCAUCACCCAUCAGAGAAUCCAUACUGGAGAAAAGCCAUAUCGGUGCUCAACAUGCGGUGCAGUCUUUUCACAGAAAAGCUCUUUAGCUGAUCACCAGAGAAUCCAUAGUGGAGAAAAGCCUUACCAGUGUGACACAUGUGGAAAAGGCUUUAUAGAGAAAAGAACUCUCGGCAGGCAUCAAAGAACCCAUACUAGGGAAAAACCAUUUCACUGUUCAGCAUGCGGUGCAGCCUUUUCAUACAGCAGCUCUUUAGCUAAUCACCAGAGAAUCCAUACUGGAGAAAAGCCUCACCAGUGUGCUACAUGUGGAAAAGGCUUUAUAAGCAAAAGUACUCUCGACAGGCAUCAAAGAAUCCAUACUGGAGAAAAGCCUUACCAGUGUACUAUGUGUGGAGAAUAUUUUGCAGGUAAAGAUAAACUCAUCACCCACCAGGAAAUCCACAUUGAGAGCAACAACAUGGAUGCCAUGAAGGAAGAGGACAUCUAUGACUUUCUACCAGAGCAUUUGACUACAGACAUGAAGGAAGAGGACAUCUAUGACUUUCUACCAGAGCAUUUGUCUGCAGACAUGAAGGGUAGUAGUACUUGGACACUAACAUGCAAAGAAGAACCGUGUUUGUUGCAUGAAAUUAAAGGAGAGAAGUUUCAAGUCAUGGAAUUAAGCGGUCAUGAGAGCACUUCUACAACUCAACCAUCAGCUCCAUCACAGCAGGCAGCAUCUCUGAAGGCGAUUAAAGAGGAGGACAUUCAUGAUUUCCUCCCAGAGUAUUUGUACAGAACUAAGGAGGAAGAGAAUGAAACAGACACAUUGGACAUGAAAGAAGAAGCCCUGGACAUGAAAAAGGAACCAGAGUCUUCUCGAAUGGAACACAAUGCACACAUGACUCCAUCAGGUGAACUCCAGGCAGCUCAUAAUAACACAGACCAACACCAGUGUGCCACAUGUGGGAAAGGAUUUGCAUUGAAGGCAUAUCUCAAAGAACACCAGAGAAUCCAUACUGGAGAAAGGCCUUACCAGUGUGCCACAUGUGGAAAACGAUUUGCAUUGAAGGCAUAUCUCAAAAAACACCAGAGAUUUCAUACUAGGGAAAGGCCUUACCAGUGUAAUACAUGUGGAAAAGGCUUUACACAGAAAGGUGACCUCAUCACCCAUCAGAGAAGACAUACUGGGGAAAGGCCUUACCAGUGUGCCACAUGUGGAAAAGGCUUUACACAGAAAGGUAACAUCAUCAAGCAUCAGAGAAUCCAUACUGGGGAAAGGCCUUACCAGUGUGCCACAUGUGGAAAAGGCUUUACACAGAAAGGUGACCUCGUGACCCAUCAGAGAAUCCAUACUGGAGAAAAGCCAUAUCAGUGCUCAACAUGCGGUGCAGUCUUUUCACAGAGAAGCUCUUUAGCUGAUCACCAGAGAAUCCAUACAGGGGAAAGGCCAUACCAGUGUGCUACAUGUGGAAGAGUCUUCGUCAGGAAAAGUGACCUCAUCAAGCAUCAAAGAACCCAUACCGGAGAAAAGCCUUACCAGUGUACUACAUGUGGAAAAUAUUUUACACGUAAAGAUAACCUCAUCACCCACCAAGAAAUCCACAUUGAGAGCAACUAACAGCAGUGCAAAAGUCUGUGAAGAGCAUCUGCAAGUUGAGACUGGAGAACAAGACCUGUUGCACUUUGUUCCAUCUGCAUGUUGUAUAGGAAUCAUGCUGAUUGUAAAUUCAGUUCUAUUGUACAUUUACUAAGAUAUUCAACAUCAAUGUAUUUGAUUUAUUUGUGGUGAGGAUCAUGAUAUAGAUGAUACUAUGUACAGAAAAUGACAAGUCAAUGUAAUUACAAUAGAUUAUAAAAAAAACUGGUUUUAAUGUUCUGACCAUAUUUUAUAUCACAAAACAUAUUUUCAGAAGGCUCCCUGGUUAGAAUUACAAUAUAGAGUCAAACUA